AUGAGGCAAAGAAGUGCCCGUAAGGGAGCACCAAAACCAGCUCCAUCUACUGUUUGUUACUGUGAUGGUAAGCGUGAAGUGGGAACAUUAGAGCUAUAUUGUGCUGUUUGCCGAAAAUGGUUCCAUGGACGAUGUCUGAAAGAUUUAACUGACUUCUACGGACUACCAUUCAUGGUAUGCUACGUAUUCAAUUGUGCCGACUGUAGUCCAACAAAGAGAGAAACAUGGACACCGAAACAAGCAAAUUUUGCUCAUAUGUGUGUUACUGUUCUUGCAAAUCUGACACACAACGCACGCACCAAAAGAGCUAAUGCGGGAAAUGAAUCGGGAGAUAACGAUCAGGAAUUGAUAUUUUUAAACUUGGAAAAUGAAAUUAUACCUUAUUUCAAUGCACAGUGGGAAAAUCUUACAUCUAUGAGUCGAAGGGUCAAAAAUACUUGGCAUCAAACUUUGCAAAAGUCCUUAACCAAAGAAACAGAAUUAUUUGAAGCAAGCGAUGACGGACAAAUAUUUGCGUUACGUGAACGUGAUUUAUCAUCCAUAGGUCCGGGUCAUGAAUCAUUGAAGCAGAUCGGUCGAAGUAAACCAGUGGUUUCAAGUUCAACACGUGACUUGUCCAGAGAGAAUUUCGAAAGGUCUGAUGAUUUAGGUGAUGGUCCCAAGACGAGAGGUUCAUCCAAACGACGUAAUGUUGAUCCUCCAAAUGCCUUCAAAAAAGCGAAACUAACUGCUGAUUACGCAUCAACACGAAUUAUUGGAAUUUCCGCACCCAUCGAUUUCCCAUUUAAUCGCGAAGGCUAUCGAUAUUAUCUUGUCGAAAAAGAUCUUACCGUUCCCAACAGAGACAUCUUCGAAUUGGAUGAAAGCACAUAUAGCAAGCCAAUCCCAGCACACAUUUAUCGUGUCGUUGUUCAUCCAGUAGUUACCUUAUCUCCAAAUGAUCGUGCUUAUCAGUUGAAAUUAUCGGAAGAUCGACUAUCCGUGAGCGGUUUUGAAGGUUACAGUGUCGCUCGAGCUACUCACUCGGUAUCCCAUGGUACUUGGUAUUUUGAAGUGGUCUUCACAGCGCAGCCACCAGGUUCACAUAUAAGGAUCGGUUGGAGCCAAGCUGUGGCACCUAUACAAGCAUGUGUUGGCUAUACACAAUUGUCUUAUUCUUGGAGAAGUCAUAAAGGCACAGUAUUUCAUCAGGCAAAAGGCAAACACUAUGCGGAUGGUGGUUUUAAAGAAGGCGACGUCUUAGGAUGUUUGAUAUCAUUACCUCCUUGUCCGGCGGAUAAAGAAUAUGAUUUUACUUCUGCAAAAAAUCUACCAUCUUCAUCAACUUAUUUGCCGCCUUCGUACAAAAAUUUGCCUUUGAUCAAUUUCAAACAUAAUUACUUUUAUGAAGAGAAGGAUGACAUAACUGCAGCACUAAAAAAUUUAAAAACAGCGCCUGGAAGUUGGAUUGAAUUCUACCGGAAUGGCAAGAGUUGUGGAAUUGCUUUCACGGAUAUUUAUGCUGGUUUCUAUUAUCCUGCAGUAUCAUUAUUUCAAGGUGCUACAGUUCGAUGUAAUUUCGGUCCUUCAUUUCGCUAUUCAGUGCCAUCUGGAGCUCGUGGAAUGUGUGAAAGAGUUGGAGAGAUGUAUAUUGAACAGACAUUAGCAGACAUUCUGUACUUGACUGAGAACGAGGAUGAAUUAGCUGAAGAAGCUGCUAAAUGUGCUCAUAAUCAAUAA